GUCGGUUUGUUUACAGCGGUGCUUGCGCUGCUGCAGCUCAGACAUGGCUGUGGAUAUAACUUUACUUUUCAAAGCCAGCGUCAAGACAGUCAAAACCAGGAACAAGGCCAUAGGAAUCGGCUUUGACUCUACAAAAGAUGAAAUUUUUAAACGAAGCAGACCAAAGAGCGGCUUCUCGCCGAAAGCGAAAGAAGUGAUCACGAACAUCACCAAGCUCAAAGAGUUUCUGCUGCAACACAGAAAAGAUUACGUGAGCGCCGGAAGUCUUAUUUCAUCAGAUCUUACCCGCAUGACGGACAGUGAAAGAGACCAGAUCGACCAGGAUGCUCAGAUCUUCAUGCGAACGUGUUCUGAAGCCAUCAAGCAGCUACGCAAUGAGGCGGAGAAGCAGGUGACGUCAGCUCAGAUAAAGGAGCACAGGGGGGCAGUGCUGGACCUCGUAGAGAUGUAUCUGAAAGGUGUAUGUAAAAUCUACUCUGAGCAGAGAGCAAUUAGAGUCAAGCGAAUGGUGGACAAGAAGCGGCUAUCGAGACUGGCACCAGAGCAGCACAGUCGAGUGGAGAAAACUGUGGAGGCUGAGCCCACACAGGAGAAGAUUGUCAAGGAGGAAAGUUCUGAGAAGAGUGUGUCUGAGGUCCUGGAUGAGCCUGUCAACCCCUGGGAGGAGGGCCGAGUGGAGGAUGAGCUCUCUCCUGAGGAGAUCCAGAUGUUUGAGCAGGAAAACCAGAGAUUGAUCAGUGAGAUGAACAGUCUGGUGGAUGAAGUGAGGCAAAUCGAGGGGAAGGUGGUGGAAAUAUCGAGACUUCAGGAGAUCUUUGCUGAGAAAGUCUUGCAACAAGAAACUGAGAUAGACAGUAUUCAUCAACUAGUUGUGGGUGCGACAGAGAACGUCAAAGAAGGCAAUGAGGAUAUACGAGAGGCAAUCAAAAACAACGCUGGCUUCAGAGUAUGGAUCCUUUUCUUCCUCGUUAUGUGCUCCUUCUCUCUGCUCUUCCUGGACUGGUACGACAGCUAGCACAACUGGACAAUGGACUCUGUGCGAUAGGAAACUGCCUAAAGCUAGUGAUGACAACACUGAGACUGACUGUACGGUUUAUUUUGCUGGAUCUGGUGGACAACUUGUUUGUCACGAAGAUUGUGUCUUCAAGCAGAGACAUCAAUUUGUUGGUCCCUAUUAAUCUUUGUCUGCGCUUUCAGGGUGGCUUUGAUUUAUUAGUGCACUUCUGUGGAGGCAAACUUUGUCUGGAGCACCAUGUCCACUUUAACAGUUUGUCCAGAGGUUGGACAGUCGGUCUUUCUCUACCACUAAACUGAUAAUGGUUUGUUUGACAGCCACUAUUUUUGUGAAACUGAAAAAAGCAAAACAGGUCUUGUUUCUGCUGGUCCCUUUUGAAGCAGACUUCAGUGCGCUAGAAGACACUUGCACUUCUCAUGUAUGUGAGUAGAUUGGAGAUUUGUCCCACAAUGAUAGACUGUAACUCAUAUUUCACUCUCAAAUGCUGAGAAUGUUUUUCUGUUUAGGCAAAUGUCAACAGCAGAAAAUUUUAUUUGGCAUCUUUGUCAGCAUAACUGUACCGACAUACCACUUACAUUCUAGUAAAACUAAGCAAUUCUCCUAAUUGAA